CAUAAAAAAGAUAGUAAAAUAAGGCUGCUCAAUAUACCACAAGAAUCAUGUUCUUCACAUCUUUUCUCCUAUUUCUUAACCCAAACAAGACAUUCACAAAUUCACACACUAGGGUUAGGGUUAGUCACUAGCAAUUGCACACUCACUUGUAUAUAUAUAGCUAGAACCAUCGCUAUAAUCAUAAAAUCACCAUCCAACUAAUUUAUGAGAAAGAAUUGAUUGGAACCUAUAAAAGUGCUUCUAUAUUAUAUAUAGGGUUUUUGAAAGUAUGAAGAAGAGACAGGUUGUUGUUAAAAGAGAUGUGGCUAACAACACUUCAUCUUCAGUGAUAAGAAAUAUUAGAUAUGGAGAGUGUCAAAAGAAUCAUGCAGCAAAUAUUGGAGGGUAUGCUGUGGAUGGUUGCAGAGAGUUUAUGGCUAAUACAGGGGAAGGAACAAUUGGAUCUCUUACAUGUGCUGCUUGUGGUUGUCAUAGAAACUUUCAUAGAAGAGAAGUGCACACCGAAGUUGUUUGUGAGUACUCUCCGCCUAAUUCGAGUCGCUGAUACCGUCUAUUCAUCUAUCUGUCUAUUUUAAGAAAAGUGUUCUGAUAGGUCGAAAUAUUUCACAUUUCUAAUUUUUUUUAAUUUAUUUUUGCACAAGAAAGAUUUAAAAUUACAAAAAUCUUGAGAGUUUGUGUAUCAAAUUAACUGAUUGAAUUUUUAUUUCUAUUUUUUAUUCUGUGAGCCAGCUUGGGAUUAAUUACCAAUAGAAGGAUAUUUAUUCUUGUAAAAAACUUUCAAACUUCAAGAUUUGUGCUUUCUUUACUUCUUUUCCUUUCCAUUCUUUUAAUUUCUUGUUAGAGUAAUCGAUUUCUUUUCUUGUAACCUCUUUAUUUCAUUUCUUUUAGUUAUAUACUUUGAGUGGGGAAUAAAAACAUUGCUUUAUUGGUAAUUGUAUUGCACUUAAUUAAUUAACUAGUGAGGUUUCCAAUUUUGCUCCGGGAAUAGAAAUAUUCAUGAUCAGUGGGUUUGUUAGCAUAUUGUUACAACUCCAUUAGUUAGUUUUUUUUUUUUUAAGAUUUUUUUUUUUUUUUUACAAAAGUAUAUCAUAAGAGAUCUAAAUCCAGCAUCAUAGCGAGAUGAACUCUAUCUAGUACCCAUCUUUUAUGAAGUGGUUAGGUAGUUAGAUUUCUUAAUUCUUCACAAAUUCUUUAUACAAAGCAUCUUAAUUAUCAUGUACUCGCUUAGUAUCUUUUAUCAAUCAACUAACUUUUAUAGUGUUAA